CCCUUUCGCAGCGGCGCGCUCUGAUUGGCUGAGGCGGAGGUGACAUGGGCGCGCCCCCCGGCAUGGCGGCGGCGGGGCUGAGCCGGGGCCCGCUCUGGCUGCGCUGCCGCUCCUGGCGGGGUUUGGCCUCCGGGACGGACGGCGAGUCGCGCCUGGCCCGGCUGCUGCGAGAGAAGUUCCCGCGGGCCUCGGCCAUCAAGGUCGUGGAUAUCUCAGGAGGCUGCGGCGCCAUGUACGAGAUCCACGUGGAGUCGGAGGAGUUCCGGGAGAAGCGGCCGGUGCAGCAGCAUCAGAUGGUGACACAGGCCCUGAGCGAGGAGAUCAAGCACAUGCACGGCCUGCGCAUCUUCACCUCGGCCCCCAAGGCCUGAGGCUGCCCCAGGCCCCAAAACAGCUCCAGGAGGGGCCCGGGGCAGCCCCCAGCCCCAUGAAGAGCUCCAGGAGGGGCCCGGGGCAGCCUCCAGCCCCAUAAAGAGCUCCAGGAGGGGCUUGAGACUGCCCCCAGCCCCAUAAAGAGCUCCAGGAGGGGCCCGGGGCAGCCCCCAGCCCCAUAAGGAGCUCCAGGAGGGGCUUGAGGCUGCCCCCAGCCCCCUUGAAGAGCUCCAGGAGAGACCCCAGCCUCAAUAAAGAGCUCCAGGAGGGGCCCGGGGCUGCCCCCCUGGCUGCAAACCCCC